AUGGCCGCAUUAUUGGGCACUUUCUUGCGUAGCCGAGCCUCCUUUUUCCCAUCCCGCCUUGUGACUGUACAGCAACUGGCUUUCAGAAAUCUCGCUGCAAUGGCUUCUGGUUCGUUCAAACAGCAUGAAGUAUGUCCCGAUGUGUUGGACAUCCCGCCCGAGAACACGUUGACGGCCAAAUACGAUUCAGGAGUUGAGGCAAAUCUGGGAAACGUGCUGACUCCCACGCAAGUCAAGAACCCGCCGAAAGUCAGUUGGGAAGCGAGCGGAGACCAACUCUACACGCUUUUGAUGACUGAUCCGGACGCACCGUCUCGAAAAGAGGCUACCUACCGCGAGUGGCAUCAUUGGCUUGUUGUGAAUAUUCCUGGAAAUGAUAUCUCGAAGGGUGAUGUGCUAGCCGAAUAUGUUGGCUCUGGACCACCAGAAGGAACAGGACUUCAUCGUUACAUCUUUUUGGUUUGGAAACAAGCGGGCAAAAUUAGCGACCCGGAGCAUGGCCAUUUGACCAACACAUCGGGUGAAAGUCGUGGCUGCUUCAAAACGCGUGACUUUGUGAAGAAGCACGGAUUGGGUACUCCGAUUGCCGGCAAUCUGUAUCAGGCAGAAUGGGACGAUUAUGUGCCGAUUCUCUACAAGCAACUCGGAGCC